AUGAAGAAAGUCAGAGAAGAUGUGAAUUAUAAAAUCCAAGAGCUUAGACAAGAUAUUGAGAAAGAGAUUGCAAAUGUUCGUACUGAAUUUGCAUGUCUCAUUAAAAAGGUAGACAUCAUUUGUGAUGUAGUUCCCAGGUUUGCUAAGUUGUAUGAAAGUAUGAGUCCUCAAAUUGCUCAACUUUCUACAACAGAGAACAAGAAUUUCAUGGAGGUUUUCACUAUGUUAAAGGAGCUUAAAACAUUAUCUUCAACACUUGCUUCGUCUUCUCUGUUAUCCUAUGAAGAUCUUAUCAACAAAUUUUCUAAAUUCGAAGCCUUACUUGUUCAACAACCGACUCCUCUUUCACGAAUAUCUACCCUUCUUCCCACAACAGAUGCCCCACCUGCUAGUCCAGGGGUGCAAGGGGAGAAAGGAAAAUCAAAGGUUCGAAGGCUGGAGGCGAAGAUGCGAAAGUGGUGGGAAAGGUGUUUCCUUCUAAGAUCCCAACAUCAAAACCAGUGA